UCUUGGUUGUUUCAGCAUUUUGUGCCUUUUUUUUUCCUCCACUAAGCUGAAAUGAUCCUGAUGGAAGGGCCAUUGUCUUAUUGACAAGAAGUUAAAAUAAACUACGCUACAUGCGGUCCAGCCAGCUCCCAUACGUCAUCCUGCAAGUUUGCUGCAACCUGAGCACAGCUGAUUGCAGGAUAUUGAUGUGUUUUCUCCUACAGCUGCUGUUCAAUGGAUGGACUUCCUUGGCCUGAUUACCGGACACAUGCUGAAGCAUAAUACACCACUAUUGUCCUUCAGGGAAUACUGAAGGCCUACUUUUAACCUUUGUCUCCAUCCAUUAAGGCAUCAAGGCUCACACUUUAGUCUUUUACAUGUAGUUUUUGUACACACGUGGUCAUGCACUCCUAUCAGUUUUUAAGUUGUUACUACUUUAAAUGAAGGAAAUACUAUGUUUUAUCAUAAAGACUGGACACAGAGGGAAAAAGCCUGCUGGGUUCUGUCCAAAAUUAAGAAGUGUUUCUUUUAUUGUUGUUAAAUUUCUUACAGAGAUAUUUAUUUAUCGCCACUUCAGAACGAAAACAGAAAGAAAAACGUCCAGUUACACAUCUCCCUUUAACUUCAUGUUAUGUUUAUUUUCAGACUAAACAAGUGCCAUGCAAAAUGAUUAUUGCAGAUGGGCAAUAUGGCUAGCCAAUUGUGUAGCUUUGGACGGAUUGUUUGGCUAUGCUAAGCUAAGCUAAUUGCUGUGCUUGCAAAAAGUGAAUAAACUGAUUUCCCAAUGUCCAUAUCCUGCAGGAUCCUGUCAUCUGCAGAGUACAGCAAGAAUUUGGCAGAGAUACUGGUUGGCAAGCUAAACAGAGAACCACAACCUGAGCACUAAUAAAGCAUAUUGCAAAAACUUGAAUAGAUGUUAACUUACAGUGGGGUAAUUCUCAUUAAGAUGAUGCCCUUCUGUUUCUGUAUGGCCUACAGCCAGUGAACAUCUUCAUAAACUGGAGGGGAGAUGUGAUGUUUGUCAGCUUGUGCUGGUCCUGUCUGUCUACAGACAGAUCAGUCUGUAGCUGUGGUGUCCUUUCUCUUUGGUCUCUUUCCCUCAGAUUCAACCCUCUGAAGGUGCUGCAGCCCAAACGCCGCUUGCAGCAAAUACUGGCGUCCUCGACGGUCCCGGUCCCCAAGCCGGCGUCGGGGACAGCUGCACCUGUGGCCACGGCACCAGUGGCCAUCCCGGUGCCUGCGCCACCUGCGUUUGACUACUGCAGGUUCAUAGAACUAGACUACGUUCCCAUGGAGACCGGCUAUAUGGUCUCAAUGCGUCCGACAAAAGGCUAUGCAUCGACCAAGUCGCCAACAAAAGGAUAUACUUCUACCAAGUCCCCGGACCGCCACACUCGUUCAACAAACUCCCCAAACACCACCCCUCGUUCUCGGCGAACACCAGCCCCAACCAGUAAUAGAGAUCCCUAUGGCAACGCCUCCCACAGCAGCAGCAGCAACUCAGGAUCUUGUAAAGGCAGCGACUGUAGCCCUACCAAAGGACGUCACCAGAAGUACACGUCAUGCACGGACAACCAUGGUAUUCGGCCCCCUCCCCCCGAGCAGUACCUCACACCCCUACAGCAGAAGGAGGUGUGUAUACGACAUCUACGGGCCAGGCUAAAAGAAACCAUAGACACACUACAAAACAGGGACACAGAAAUAGAUGAACUGAGGGGCCAGCUGUACAGGAUGCAGGAGGACUGGGUCGAGGAGGAAUGUCACCGUGUGGAGGCUCAGCUGGCCUUAAAAGAAGCGCGUCAGGAGAUUCAGCAGCUCAAACAGGCCGUGGACACUGUUCGUGCCAGGCUCAGUGAUGCUGGGGGUCUGAGCGGAGAUGUUGGGGUCCAAAAGUACUUCCACGACAUUAAUACUCAGAACCACAAACUGGAGAACCUUUUGCUAAGCAUGGAGCUAGCCCAAGCUGGAUUAGCCAAGGAAGGGGAGGGCAUACCAGGCUGUCGGACCCGUGUUGGGGGUUCAGCACCAGCAUCGGUAUCAGGAGAGAGUCCAGGAGGAAUACCCAAACCAGCAGUAGGAGGUAGAGGAUCAUGCUCCUGUGAUGGUUCUCCAGCCCGUUCUCUGACUCGAAGCUCCACAUACACCAAGCUCAGCGAUCAGGCGCUGGCAGACAGGAAUAGCAAUGGACAGGACUUUCCUUGUCUGUCAGGGGAUGGAACCCAGGACAGUGGUUUUGUUUGUUGUGGGGAAAGCAGUGUACCGAGCAGAGCUGACCUGCUGCUGGAAGCUGCUUUCCUGUCUGAGGAAACUGCAUCCUUACUCAAUGCCUACACACAAACCUUUUCCCACUCUAUGCCCAACUCUCUCCCCAACUCUUUGCCUCACACAUACUCUCAUACCCUACCUCAUUCUUUCCCUCACAAUUUGUCCCACUCUUUACCCCACAAUGUGCCGCACUCCUCCACUUAUGAAAAGCUGUGCACAGGAGAGCGGCUGGCACCCUUACGUUGUGGCCUAGGUGGAAUGGGCUGCAUGAGCCACCCUUGCUUGUCGCACCAUCACCUAUACUUGCACCCCUUGCGAGAGACAGGUAUUCAGACUGAAAGCUGCCCCAUUCCUGCAACUGCGGGCUACCCCUCAGACCUGGACACCAUAGCAGAGCAGCGUACUUUCCGAUCACAGGCCUGCAGCCCCACCUCCACCUGGAUGUCUGAUGAAGGUGAGGAGGACCUAGACUCUAUCACCACUACAACUUCAGUAACAACAGCAACAGUGAUGAGUACAGCCACAGAACCAAUCCCUGUCUCCAAAACCCCUCUCCUUCCUCCAUUACCCCGCUCAGCCACUGUGGCAUGUUCCAUGGAAAGUCCUCUGUGUGAUAAGAAGGCAGAGGAAGAAAAACAGGAGAAGGAAAAAAGGGAAAAAGAAAGUGAUGCAUCAGAGAAGUGCAUGGAAGUAGUGGAAGUAAGUAGAGUGGAAGAAGAAGGGCAGCAGAUACAGACAAGUUCAGUAGAAGAAAAUAAAUCGGAAAGUCAGGAAGAAGUGGAGGAAGCAGCACCUGAAAACCUGGGUAACAUAGAAACAGCAGAAGGAAAGCAUGGUUUGGAAGAAGUGGAGUUUGGAAAAUGCACCAGAGAAGGCGAAGAGGGCAGAACAGGUGAGACAAUAAAGAUAAGUCUCAGCAGGGAAAAAAGACAACAAGAAGUUGUUUUAAUAGCAGGAUCACCUGAACCAGAGACAGCAGAUUUUAGUCCAAGUUGCCCAGGAUUAUCACUUGGCAUAGACAAGCCUCACACCUCCCAACCAAAGAGGUCGACCUCUAAUGAUGAGAUUACUGGUGUUAGUGUCACACCUGACAAGGAUGAUGAUGGUGAUAAUGAAACUACAGAACAGGGUGCAACUGGAGGGGCUGAAGCACAGGAGGAAGAAUCGGCAUCUGACUCAGGGGAGGUUCAGAAAAGUUACUGGAGUCGCCAUUUCCUGGUUGAUCUUUUAGCAGUUGCCAUUCCUGUGGUACCCACAGUGGCAUGGCUCUGCCGCGGGCCAGUCCGCGAUGGACAACCAAUGUAUCAUAUUGGGUCACUGCUGAGGGGCUGCUGCACGGUAGCACUGCACUCACUACGAAGGGGAGGUGGAUUGAGGCAUUACCCCGCAGGCGGGGGUGACCUUGGAGGAUCACACAUAUAAGAGCAGAACCUGCUUACCACCACUGUAAGAACUGCGGUACUUCAGUUAAACCUCUCCAGUCUGCUCUAGAUCUUGAGCUUGUUGGAAGGUAGAUGUGUUGGGUGGAAAGGAAGAGAAACAAGUUCCUGCCCUGCAUUUCUCAUCAACAUCAAAAGAUGAGAGAGCGUUAGCAACAGGAAUUCUCCACCUCUAACCGAUAAACUUCGAUCUGUUUGGUCCUGCUCCUUGUUGUGUCUCACCCACUCCUCUCUGCUGUUGCUACUGAGAUGUCUACCAACGCUACUGACUUGCAAAACAGAAUGAGCUGAAUGGAAUGGCUGGUCUGUGCUUGUUUGUUUGAUGCUAGUUAUUUUGUUAAUGAAUUGCAGGGAAAUGUUAAAGGUUUGUUGAUCUGUGUUGGUUAACCCUCUGGUCUGAAUCCAUUCUGACAUGAUCAAGUUUGUGAGGGUGUACAUAAAAUAUGUAUGUGUGCAAGCGUGUGUCCAAGAAUAAUUGAAUGGGCUAGAUGUCUUGCAGCACAUAGUAGCACUAGAGUUUUCUCACUGAUGGUUAAGAGGGAGGAUCCACCAACAUUCAAUGCUCACGUUAAUGCUAACAGGUCAAGAUGCUGAAUGGGCUUCUUAGCACCUUUGGAGUUAUAAAAAUUGCAGUGAUUGAGCUAAGAUUUUAGAAGUUAACAUAAAAAACAAGACAAUGUAGAUGUAAAACUCAGGUGGAUUGCAAGGCUACAAACACAGAGUGCCAGCAGAGCCUUUAGGAGCCAAUCAUAAAGUAGUCAAAAGUAGUGACUGUUGCCACCACUGUUCUUGAUCUUAGGUUCACAGUGUCUGAAUGAUCAUCUAUCAUAUUGGAGUAAUCUCUGUGUUUCUACAUCCGGGAAUGUGUGAGUACUUUUCCUGGUCUAGUAAAGCUAAAUGAAACAAAGCUAUUUCAGAUAAAGUUAAGUCAAACAUAUUUCCACAAUAAGUCUGAUUUGCAAUAUCUACAGUUUUGUUUUGUUUUUUUCUGAGCAAAAAAUUGCCACAUAGUUUUGACUGGAACCAAACACCCAAAACCAAGGAAAGCAUGUGUGAUGCCAAUAAAUUCUUUUGGGUUUGUGUAUUUUUCUCUGCCUUCACCAGUUGCUGCAUUAUUAGCAUUUGUUUUAAAGAUAGGUUCACAAUUUCAAGUUCAUCUUUACCCUUAAAGCCCCUAAACUAUUUUUGUCAUAACUUCCAAAUUAUUAUGUUUUUUUGUCUUUCCCAAGUGAUUCAUCACCUUUUAUUAUAAUAUUAUACUCUGAAAAUCAGGUAUUUUCCUAUAUUUAAUCCAU